CAUACAUGUAUAUAUUUGUUUGUAAUUUGUGCUGUUUGUUGUAAAUUGUAAUUUUAGUAACAUUUGGCUUUGUAAUUUGAAGAUUUAUUUCUGUAUAUUCCUCUGUUUUAGAUUCAAACUUAGACUUGAAGUUGAAUUUUUUAUUUUUAUCUAUUUUAUCCAGAGUUUAAUCCAUAUAAUGAAUACAAAUCUUUCUUCGGAUGCCUCAAAUGUGACUGCAACUUCAACUUCCUCUUCCUCUUUGAAGAAGAAAUCAGAUGAUGUGGGUUGGGCUUAUGGAGAACUCUAUGAUUCAAAAGAUUUAAAUGCUGUAAAAUUUUUAGAUGAAGCUAAGAAAAGAUGCCGGGAAGCUUUGGCUGGGGUAAAGAUAGGCAAAGAUCAAAAGCCACAAGAAUUAGCUGAAAUAAGAGAAGUUGUUGUUAGUUCUCUUAAAAUGCAACAAGGGAUGGAAAUAGAUGUUGAUGCUAUUGAUAUACCUGUUCCACCACCAGCAAAGCAACUUAGGAAGCUUGGCCCAUUAGAUAAAUUUAGUUUGAAAAACAUGGAUGUCAGUAAAAUAUUUGAAAAAGACUUAAAACAACAAAGAUUAGAUGAUUCCAUUGUUAAAGAACGUAUGAAUGAUGUUCAUCCAUAUGUGGCACGGUGCGUUUGUCAAGCUGGCAUCCCUUUCAAUGCCAUUGCACAUCCAAGCUUUAUUGCUAUAAUGGAGGUAGUAGGUAAUCAUGGGAGAGGUUAUUGGCCACCUAGUCAAUAUCAAUUAAGUGUGCCCCUUUUCAAGAAAGAAGCUGAAAGGACAAAGGAGUCACUAAAAAACCAUGAAGAAGAGUGGAAAGAAACUGGAUGUUCAUUAAUGACAGAUGCUUGGGUUGAUAGGAAACGUAGAAGCAUCAUGAACUUAUGUGUAAACUCAAGGUUGGGAACAAUUUUUCUUUCAUCCAAAGAGGAAUCUGAGGAUGCCCAUACAGCUAAGUAUAUAGUCAAUUAUGUUAAUAAGGGUAUUGAUGAGGUUGGAGAAGAGAAUGUGGUUCAAGUUGUCAUUGAUAAUGCUGCAAACAAUAUGGCAGCAGCAAGGCUUGUUUUAGAAAAAAGGCCAAAGCUAUUUUGGAAUUGUUGUGCUGCUCACACAAUCGACUCGAUACUUGAAGGAAUUAGCAAGAUUCCCAAAUUCCAUAAUGCGAUCACAAAGGCUAAAAUUGCAUGGUGGACAACUUGGGGAGCAGAAACUCCAUAUCUUUGCAAAAUGGCAACAAGAAUUUUGUCUUUGACUUCUAGUGCUUCAAGAUGUGAACAUAAUUGGAGUUGCUUCGAGGGGAUAUACACUAAAAAAAGGAAUAGGCUUGAAGCUUCUAGAUUGAAUGAUUUGGUUUUUAUUCAAUUCAAUGCAAAACUAUCCAACAAGGAAAAGAGGGCUAGUGAGAAUGGAGAUAUUGUUGAGGAAGAUAAAUUAUUUCCAGGAAUAAAUAUUUCUUGUACUGUGGUUGCAGAAGCAUUAGGGGUAGAUUCUAUUUUAGAGCCUAGAAGAAGCACCAGGUCUCAUUUUACUCUUACUCCUCCCUUAAUGAGAGAGCUUAAUGAAGAGUUAGAUGAGUCUUCUGAUGAAAAGGAACCGGGGGUAGAUGAAGAUGUUGGAUUUGUUGAUAGUGAUGAAGAUAGGGUGCUCCAAUUUCAAGGAGAUGAUGCAAAACCUUGGUCUGAUGAUGAAUAAUUGCAAUUGGAUUUUAGUUCUGUUUUUGUGUAUGUUUUGGAUUUUAGUUUAGCAUAGUAGACAGAAGUAUUGUGUAGCAACUAUAUGUUUUUGGAUUUUAAUUUUAAUUUAGCACAAUAGUGCAAGAAUGCAAUUAUGUUUCAAGUUUCAACUAUGAUUUUGUUUUUUGCAUUUGGAUUUAAGAUUUUUAGUUCUUUUACUGUUUAUGACUUCAUGGAUUUGGAUUUUGGAUUUGAGUUUGGCAGUGCAGUGCAGCUUUGUUUUUGUUUUGUUUUGUUUUUUUGAGUUUUGACUCUCAUCUUGUUACAAGAGGAUGGUAUUGUUUAAGGCUAGAGCCACUGGACAAUUAGGCUUUUCUUCCAAACCAUGGGCAACCCAUUUUGCAAACUGAAACUUUAUUGGUUUCUAACUACAAAUUGGAAAAUAAAUUUGUGCUUUGUGGUGCUUCCUACUAGUGAAGAGAUGCAGGCAAAUGUAAUCAUCUGUGGAGUGUGGAUUUUGCCAGUCUUCUAGAGUCUCAGAGGUAAAGACUUAUUAGGAAGAAAGACUUCAAAGGCUUCAGGAACGACUACAAGUACCUUUUGAUGGCACUCGCCCUGAUCAUCAGGUACUUUUUUCAUUCUUGUGAUAUGUAUUAUUUCUCUUAAACUUUGUCUCCUCUAACCUGGGUUUUCACGUUAUGUCUGAAGAACACGAUUAUAAAUUUUAGAUUUUAGU